AUGGCCGUCGACGAAAUGGACAUUGACUCGCAACCCGUCUCGAUGGUGCCUGAGACGGACAAGGAGCGCAAGCGCAAACACAAGACGAAAGACACUUCCUCCUCGUCGCCAUCUAAGAAGAAGCGGAAGCACGAGUCCAGCGCUGCCGCAGAGCCCGCCAGCCCGCAGGAAAAGAAGCCCAAGAAAUCCAAGAACAAGGAAAAGACCAAGUCGGAUCGCACCAAGUCUACCAAUCCCCAGUCCACCACGGCCUCUAACCCCGCCGACUCGCCAUACACCCUCACCACCGCGACUCUCUACCUGCCGCUCUCGCCCAUCUCCAUCUCGCCCACGCACGCCCUGGCCUCCCUGCUGGCUGAGCACCUGUCGCCCCUCCUCCUCACCUACUACCCGCCGCUGCAAGGCAUCGUCCUGGCCUACUCCAACCCGUCGAUAUCCAGCACGCCGCCGGCAUCCUCGCCCGCCGCCGACCCGCAAGACCCCAAUCCGCAGCCCCUAACCCUCGCCAAAACCGCCGGCGAAUACGGCGUCCUGUACGUCUACCUGACGGCCACGUUCCUGGUGUUCCGGCCGCGCCGCGGCCACAUCCUCGAGGGCUGGGUCAACGUACAGUCCGAGGGGUUCCUGGGCGCCGUCGUGCUCAACCUGUUCUCCGUGGGCAUCGAGCGCAAACGCCUGCCCUCCAACUGGCGCUGGGUCCCGCCCGGCGAGGAGGCCGAUGACACUGACGCCGACAAACCCCUCCGUACCGAGGACGAGGACUCCGAGCCCGCCGCCCCUUUCAACCCGGACAAGGAACACUUCACCCCCGUCUCGUUGGCCUCAGACGCAAACCCGCUCUCCGACAUGGCCGCUGCCGACCAAACCGCCGGCGGCGAUGACGAUGACGCCGUCGCCGAGGGCUACUUCCAGUCUGUGUCGGGGCAUCGCGUGCGCGGCACCGUGCGCUUCCGCGUCGUCGAUAUCGACGUCAUUCCGGGCUCGGAGCGCGAGCGCGGCUUCAUCAGCAUCGAGGGCACGAUGUUGUCGCCGGAGGAGGAGGCCAAGGUGCUGGAGGAUGAGCGCAACGGCGUGGUGACUUCGUUUGCUACGCCCCGGCCGUCGAAGAGCGCGACGCCGGCGGCGCUGCCUGCGUCGAACUCGGCCGCGGAUGCGGAGACGCCGGCUGUGACCGACACCCCCAGCAAGACCAAGACCAAGGAACCGAAGCAGGAGAAGGAGAAGAAGUCCAAGAAGUCGUCCAAGUCGAAGAAGGAGAAAUAA